ACAUGUUAGAAGCGACUGUUUGUUUUAACGAUCCAAAUUAGUAGUGUGUAAUUUGGUGUAGUUGUUGCCACGUGUUUGUUACUGGCAUUUUGAUAGAAGUUGGAAUCAUGUCUUCUCCGAAUAACGAUAAGCAGGAUGCGAAGCCUAUUAGUCCUCCUACACUUUUCCUUGGGAUAGUGAAGCAAGUUUUAACGGGCGACACUAUCGUAAUUCGUGACAGGCCAGUGAACGGUCCUCCUCCUGAACGAACUAUUGUCCUUUCUAAUAUAUCGUGCGGCCGUAUCGCUCGUAAACCUACAGUGGGUAAUCCCUCAGGCAUUCCGGAAGAUCCAUUCGCAUGGGAGGCGAGAGAAUUCGCUCGUUCCCUACUGAUAGGGAAAGAGGUUUGCUACUCUGUUGAAACAGAACUGCCUUCCGGUCGUAAAUAUGGAUGCGUCUACCUAGGUAAAAGCACAAGUGGUGAUAAUGUUGCAUUGGCACUAGUUGAACAGGGUCUAGCUGAAGUGAGGAGGCUAAAUCCAACAUUGGCUGACAAGAAUAAAGUAUAUCAACAACUUUUGGCUGCUCAAGAGCAAGCCAAAUCACUUGGUAAAGGUCGCUGGUCUUCUGAACCAGCUCUAAUAAGAUCGAUCCUCUGGUCGGUUGAAGAUACACGAGCUUUCUUCGAAAAGUACAAAAAUCAGCCCCUAAAAGCUAUUGUUGAAAAUGUCCGUGAUGGUUGUUCUGUUCAAGCAUUCAUUCUUCCCGAGUCUCUUCAAGAAGGUCCAAAUACCUUUGUAUUACUAACAGUUGCAAUGUCUGGUAUAAAAUCUCCUUCAAUACGUUAUGAAGAUGGAAAAAUGGUCGCUGAACCAUGGGGUCAUGAUGCACUAUUCUUCGUCGAAUCCAGACUACUUCAAAGAGAUAUUACCAUUGUGAUUGAAUCUGUAUUCAAUCAGAACUUCGUCGGCAGCAUAAUCCAUCCCAACGGAAAUAUUGCAGAGUUGUUGUUGCGGCAAGGUCUCGCUAGAUGUAUCGAUUGGAAUCUUAGCUUGGUCAGUGUACCAGGUGCAGCUGAUGCAUACAGAGCGGCAGAGAAAUUCGCAAAAGAAAGGCGAUUACGUCUGUGGGAAGAUUACCAACCUGUUCAAGCAACAGAACAACAAGUUGAAACUGUACGGACAAUCGUCCCAGGGAAAACUUUCAGUGGAAUUAUAUGCGAAGUUGGUAAUGGUGAUAACGUUUCUGUCAAAUGUGCAGAUGGUGUACAUAAAUUCUUCUUAUCCAGCAUAAGAGCUCCUAGACCUCAGGCUACUGGAAAAGAUGAGGAGCCAGCACCAGCUCAACGUGCUCGUAUUCGUCCACUUUAUGAUAUACCAUAUGUGUUUGAAGCCAGAGAAGUUCUUCGUCAGUAUAUCGGAAAGCCUGUUACCGUACAUGUCGAUUACAUUCAACCGAAAACUCCAAACACUGUUGACGAACGUAUUUGUGCUACAGUUCAAACUGAAAAUACAAAUCUUGCAUUAGAUUUGGUAUCAAAAGGUUUGGCUUCCGUUAUUCGUUAUCGCAAUGCAAACGAUUCCCGCACCGCUUUUUACGCUGACCUUCUUGGUGCUGAAGAAAUUGCUCAAUCAAAGGGACUAGGAAUGUAUAGCAAACAAGACCCUCCAGUUCAUCGUAUUGCAGAUCUUACAGGUAACGUUGCCAAAUCACGCCAGUUUUUAUCCUUUUUACAACGUGCUGAACGAUUGGAUGGUCUAGUUGAAUUCGUAUUCGGUGCAAGUAGAUUUCGUGUUUAUAUACCUCGAGAAACUUGUAUUAUCACCCUUUUACUGAGUGGUAUUCAGUGCCCACGUAGAGGAAGAGUUGGUCCUGAUGGCUCGGCUUUACCCGACAUGCCAUUCAGUAAUGAAGCUUAUGCAUUCGCAAAAGACUUAUGUAUGCAACGUGAUGUUGAGAUCAGAGUGGAAACGAUUGAUAGAGUGGGAAAUUUUGUCGGAUGGAUUUUCCUAGACUCUCCGUCAUCUUCAACUAGCAAUACAAACGGACCAGAGGUGGCGAAUAAGUCUUCAGGAAAGAAGAAAAAGAAGCCAACUGAAGUUGUCAAUGCUAAGCCAAAAACAAAUCUCAGUGUUCUGCUGAUAUCUCAAGGCUAUGGUACUGUUCACCGUGCACCUGCAACUGAAAGAUCACCGUACUAUCAAGAUCUGAUGAAAGCAGAAGAAGAUGCUAAAGCCGCUCGAUGUGGUUUAUGGUCAUCUGAUGAAUUUGUCAAAGAAUGGGAAGCUGAAAUCAAAAAUUCUGAUUUCGCUGCAGCCAAUGCAGCUGAUGAUGGCAAUUUCGUACCCUUAAGUGGUGUUUCAGAAUAUUUGGAUGACUUAUCAGGACUACAAAUUAAUGAUGAUAGUGCUUCCAAAGGUGUAAAUAAUGAAGCUACUAAGGUAUCGUGGAAGGCAGCCCAAGUGACAGGAAUUUCCAAACCCCCUUCUGGUAGUCAAGGCCUACGAUUUUUUGCUCAACAUUUGUCGGAUGCAGCAACUUUAAUCAAAAUUAGUCAAGCUCUAAAUAGUCAAUCCUUCCCGUCAUUCCCACCUGAAAGUUAUCCUAAAAAGGGUAGUCUUUGUAUUGCCUGCUUCAGUUUAGAUAAUUGCUGGUAUAGAGCACGCGUUAUUCGAAGUUCGCCUAAAUCUAUAGCAGUCCAGUUCAUUGACUUUGGUAAUGAAGAAGUGAUCGAGGCGGCUGAAUAUUCAUCACGGCUUUCUCCGCUUCCAUCUGGUUCACUGAUGCAACUUCCUCCACAGGUUAAAGAAUAUCGGUUAGCCUUUGUGCAGUUACCACCGGAUGCUGCAGAUCGUACAUUCGCUGAACGUGCCUUCUGUGAUCUUGUUGAGAACAAAGAGGUAAAACUAGCUGUCCAGUACGAUUCAGUACCUUGUGGAAAUGAAUCAAUUAAACCUGUCCCAGCGGUAACAUUGCUACUUCCAACUGUCGAUGUUAAUUCCUCUGGAUCAUCUUGUCCAACUGAUUUGGACAUAAGUGAAUCAUUACUGUCCAAUGGUCUAGUGUGUGUUGAACCUAUUCAACCUCAAUUGCUUAAAAGACUACCUCAUAAUCUACUACACAAAUACUUGGAUGCACAAGCUUCAGCUAAGAAGGAGCGUAAAAAUAUCUGGCGUUAUGGAGAUUUCCGUGCAGAUGUUGAUCAACCAUAAUAUUAAUAAUAAUAAUAAUA